AUGUCAGUGGAAAAUGGUUCUCAGGACUGUGGGUUCACUUUGUCAAAAGUGGUGGAAGAUGUGAGCCAGCACAGUUUUGCUCAGACAGAAGCCCUGAAGGAGAAACAGAAAACUCUGCAGUCCCUAAAGGCAUCCUUAUCCGAUGCAGAGAACCAAACCAAACAAGUGGAAAUUGAGCUGCGGUCUAAAGUGAGGCUGCUCCUGGCUUUGGAGAGCAACACAGAACAUUUGGAACAGCAGACACAAGUCCUCCUCCAGGGCUGUAUCAGCAUCUCCCAGGAGAACACAGAUCUCCAAAACCUGAUCAGGGAGGAGCAGGAGAAGACCUCCACUGCCAUGGCCCUCUACGACUGUUAUCGGGCUAAGAUGGAGGAGCAUAGAGCGGCGGUCAUGUUAGCAGUGAGCCAGACGCAGGUCCAUAAGGAGCUAGAGGAGAGACGGGAACAUGUCAUGGUGUUAAAGCAGAAGAAAGAAGAGCUAAAGGAAGAUCUGGAGAAUCCCAAUGGAAAUGCUGUGCAGAUGGCAAAGAGGAAAACCAGUGCUUUGAAAGAGCAAAUCAUUGCAAAGAAAAAAGCAAUAGCCGAGAAAAGAAGUAAAGUGAGGAAGGAGGCAGAGACACACAGCCACAUUAAGAAAGACAUAGAGAUUCAGAACAGACGUUAUGAGGCCAUUGUGAAGCGUCUCCACUGCCAACUGAGCAAAGCACAGGCUAACCGCAGGCAAAUGUCAGCUGAGGUCUACCACAUGGAGAGGCAGAUAUCAGAGCUCAGGAGACAACUGGAGACAUCCCCACAUUCUCUGGCCAGCGCUAAAUAA